AUGCAACCGAAUCUGCGUACCAAUGGCCAAUUUUUGCUCCGGAUAGAAGACACAGAUCAAAAGCGGCUUGUACGCGAUGCUGAGGAACGACUAUGCCAGGAGCUUCAGUGGGCUGGUCUAAAUUGGGACGAGGGACCACAAGUUGGCGGCCAGUAUGGCCCUUACAAGCAGUCCGAGCGCAACGACAUCUACCAGAAACAUGCAAAGGAACUUCUUAAUUCGGGAUCAGCUUAUCGAUGCUUUUGCACGCCAAAAAGUACAGGUUCGACUGGCGCGACUGCUGCAUAUGUGACAAGUGCUUGCUACCAGGACUGCUCUUCGCUGGCUGCAGGAGAAGCACAAGAAAAAGCUGAGUCAAAACAUGAAGCUUUUACUGUUCGAUUGAAUCAGCCGUCAGACGCACAUAAGCGUGUAUACAAAGAUCUGAUUUAUGGCAAGAUCCAACGACUCAAACGGUCGCCAAGUGCUAGCCCUGGAGGCGAGGAUGAUUCUGGUAUCGAUGCUGCUGAUACUGUUCUGAUCAAGUCCGACGGAACACCAACAUAUCACUUCGCCAACGUCGUCGACGAUCAUUUGAUGAAAAUAACCCAUGUUAUUCGCGGGACGGAAUGGAUGGCCAGCACGCCUCUGCAUUACGACCUGUACUCAGCAUUUGGAUGGGAUCCUCCCGCUUUCGCCCAUGUCGGUCUACUUGUGGACGAGAAUAAGGCCAAACUUUCGAAGCGGAGCAAUACUGGUUUGGUUUUGGAUGUAAAGGGCAUGCGAGAGCAGAAUGGGAUCCUUCCCGCAGUUCUAUGUAACUUUCUUGCUUUGCUCGGUUGGAGCAACCCUGGUCGCAAUGAUGUGCUAGAGAUGCAAGAUCUGAUCAAAACUUUCGAUUUAAAGUUCACGAAGGGCAACACCAUCGUGCGCACAGAAAAGCUCUGGUAUCUGCAGAAGCAACACGUGGCUCGAGAAGUGGAGAAACUACGCCCACAUGACAGUAAAGAUACCAGGACGAUUCAGGAUAUUACGUCCAGGAUUCGUGAAGAACUCCACAUUACGAGCACGUCAGAAGUCCAGGGCGCUAGCAUAGCGGUUUAUCUCCGUGAUGUCCUACUGGCAGAUUCGAAAUCCUAUUCGACACCAAAACAAUACGCGGAACGCAAUCGCUACUUCUUCAAGUUCGACGAGUCGCAAGUUCCAGCUGAUCGAGAAUACUAUGACAAGCAAGGCAGUGUUACAGCUCAAUACUUGCUGGAUAUUUGUCGCAACGAUAUCCUCAAGUGCUGGGAAGGCCUGCCAGACCACAUAUGGCCUUUCUCCGAAGCCUCAAACCAUGACAGUGAUAAUCAGCCUUACAGUGAGCACAUAGCCACUCUCGACGACCGCGCCUCAUGUCUUCACGAUCACAUCGAGAAUGCCUUGUGGCGGGAAGUAUAUCCAGGUUGGGACGAAUGGAGCCCCAACCGACGAAGCGACAUGACACAAUCGCCAGAACUGCAAGAGCUUGAGCGGCAGAAAUUCAAAGCCCUCAAUGGAGCCAUGAACCGAUUCUUGCGAGACAAGCUGGCAUACGGACUCCCUGGACCAAGUGUAGCUCAUAUCAUGGCUCUACUAGGCUGGAGCGAAUGUCUUCGAAGACUUGGACUUACAGAACAUAAUCCUGAGAAAUGGGUACCAAGGAAAUUAGAUGAAGGUGAUAUCAGGACUGCACCUGUGAGGAUGUCUUGGCUGAAGACAUAAUGACCCUUGCAUCAAGAGAGUCAUGUGUGAGAAAGAGGUACGAUCACAAUCAACGAUCAAGCAACCCGUGGUCUUGACAAUUGUGACUGUUCAGAAAUU